UAGCAAUAAUUAGAUGUUUAUUUUUUCAUUAAAUUAUGGAUCAUCCACACUUUUUUUUGGCUUGAAAUACUUAUUUCGAUGUAUGCUUUCGAGUGAUAUAAAAAAAAGUACAAAAUUCGGAGGGUGUUAUAUCUGACAAGCACCUUUAAUUCGAAUUUUCCCAACACUAGUACCACUCGUACUUAUAAUAGGUAUCUGGUUAUCUCAUAUCUCCCUUUUCCCUUUUAGUUAUCACAUGGUUAUCACUGGUUAUCAGCACGAAUACACAAUACAGCACGAAUAGCAUUGCAAAUUAUUCUCAUAAAUAAAAUGAUUAGUCUGUUUCCAACCUUUUUAAUUUAAGAUUAAUUAACCAUUGGCCUUGGCCAUUGCUAUUAUUUUUUUCUGGGAAGCCUUGAAAUGUUUUGUUCGCUCUUGUGCAUUUUAUUUUUUAAGUAUACGUAAUUUUUAAAUUAAGAAAAUGUUGGAUAAUAGAGAAGAAGAAGAAUUAGAACUAGAAACUCAUAAACAAUAUUCCAGCUGGUUGAGUCCGAGUUGGUUAUCAUGGAAUAAAUAUUCAGAAGGAAUGUUAAGAACACUUGAAAAAAGAAUUUUGCAAUUUGUAAAAACAUCAUAUCGGGGUUGUUAUGUAGAUAUAGGGCCUGUGGUUGGCCCAGCUGACAAAAUAUGGACCUUAAGUUUCAAUACAAAUUCCAAAAAUAUGCCCUUAGUUCUUAUUCAAGGCCUAGGAGCAGGUGUUGCAUUGUGGUGCUUAAAUAUAGAUGCUUUAGCCGCAACUAGACCCGUGUAUGCUUUUGAUUUACUAGGCUUUGCUAGAUCAUCCAGGCCAGAUUUUGAUAAUGAUUCUGUUGAAGCUGAAAGACAGAUGGUUCGGUCAAUUGAAGAAUGGCGGAAAGAAAUGAACUUGACGGAAUUCAUUAUAUUAGGACAUAGUUUGGGAGGGUUUUUAGCAGCUUCAUAUUCGAUAUCCUAUCCAAGAAGGGUAAAACAUAUAAUAUUAUCCGAUCCAUGGGGCUUUCCUGAAAAGCCUUCUGAUAAUGCUCAGACUAUUCCUUUGUGGGUAAAGACUUUAAGUUAUAUAAUACAGCCGUUCAAUCCAUUAGCUGGUGUAAGAGUAGCAGGACCUUUUGGUCCGUGGUUUAUAAACAAAUUACGCCCAGACAUAUCAAAGAAGUAUUCCAGUGCCUUAAAUGAAUAUUUAGCAGAUGAAUUGAUACCCCAGUAUAUUUAUCAGUGUAACUCUCAGUAUCCAAGUGGCGAAAGUGCUUUUCAUACUAUGAUGUAUAAUUUUGGAUGGGCAAAAAACCCUAUUGUUAGAAGAAUAGACAAGCUUGACCAAAAGAUACCAAUAACUCUCUUGUAUGGCUCAAGAUCAUGGAUAGAUCACUCAGCUGAGGACAUUUUAAAAGUAAAAAGAAGUGAUUCUUAUUUCAAACUACAG